GCUGACUCUUCCAUAAGAAUGAGAAAUAUCACACUGGUGACCGAAUUCAUCCUGCUGGGCAUCCCUGAGACAGGAGGUCUGGAGACCGCCCUCUUCUCCCUGUUCUCAGCAUUGUAUCUAUGCACCAUCCUGGGAAAUGUGCUCAUUCUUACCGCCAUCCUCUGCUCCUCUCGGCUUCACACUCCCAUGUAUUAUUUCUUGGGAAACCUCUCCAUCUUUGACCUGGGGUUCUCUUCAACUACUGUCCCCAAGAUGUUGUCCUAUCUUUCAGGGCACAGCCCAGGCAUUUCUUUUCAGGGAUGUGCUGCUCAGCUCUUCUUCUAUCACUUCCUGGGCUGCACUGAGUGUUUCCUGUACACAGUGAUGGCCUAUGACCGCUUUGUCGCCAUCUGUUAUCCACUGAGAUACACGGUCAUCAUGAACCACAGGGUGUGUUUUGUCUUGGCCACGGGGACCUGGAUGAGUGGCUGUGUCCAUGCCACUAUUCUAACCUCCCUCACCUUCAGACUGCCCUACUGUGGCUCCACCCAGGUGGGCUACUACUUCUGUGAUAUUCCUGCAGUGUUGCCUCUAGCUUGUGAGGACACAUCUCUAGCUCAGAGGGUGAGUUUUACAAAUGUUGGUCUUGUGACUCUCAUUUGUUUGUUCCUCAUCUUUGUUUCCUACACUUGCAUUGGAAUCUCCAUAUUGAAAAUCCGCUCAACAGAGGGCAGGCAAAGGGCGUUCUCCACCUGCAGCGCCCACCUCACUGCAAUCCUCUGUGCAUAUGGGCCAGUCAUUAUCAUCUACCUUCAGCCCCAUCCCAGCCUCUUGCUUGGCGCUGUAAUUCAAAUGCUGAAUAAUCUUGUAACUCCCAUGCUGAACCCACUGAUUUAUAGCCUGCGGAAUAAUGAUGUAAAAUUGGCCCUGAAGUGUGUAUUUCUGAAAGGAAGCCAUGCUCUAGAAAUUGAGUGA